AUGAGCUGUGAUAACCUGAUGAGCUCACAACAUCAAGCCGCUAAUGAAAAUAUUGUAACUGAUACUUUGCUCAAUACUCCACCAAAGAAAAAAAAAAUUCUUGCUAAAAUACUAGAUGAUUCUUACAAAGCUAAGUGCCGAUUAUGCAAUGUGAGCUUUACGGUAGAGUUAACUGUGAUUAAAAAUCAUAUCAAAUCUCAAAGUCAUCAACGCCAACCACUCGAGCACCAACCUAAAAUAAACUCAUUUCUACAGACACCUGAGGUCAAUACUAUAAGCGAGGCUUCUUGUAAAUUUGAAAUAAAGCUGUGUGCUUUUUUAGUUGAUCAUAACCUAUCGUUUAGAAUUUUGGAUCAUUUAACCCCUUUAAUUAAAGAAUGUGUACCUGACUCAGCGAUUGUGAAAAGUGUUCAAUUGAAGUCAACGAAAGGUGCUGUAAUAAUAAAAAACGUAAUUGGUGAAUCUGAAAAAGAACAGUUACAAAAUAAGUUAAAGUCAAGUCUUUUCAGUGUUCUCAUAGAUGAGUGUACAGAUAUUGCUGCAAUUAAAACAAUGUGUAUUAUUGUUCGAUUUUUUGAUGUUGAUGAAGGUCGAGUCGUUAGUAAAUUUUGGUACAACAUUCCUACUACAAAUAUAAUUGGAUUCGCUUCAGAUGGGUGCAACACGAUGAUGGGGAGUGAAAAUUCGGUUGUCUCUAGAUUUAAAGAGGAAUAUCCAGGCAUUUAUACAUCAAAAUGUAUAUGCCAUUCGGUACACUUAUGUGCUAGCAAAGCUUGCAAAGAAUUACCUCGAAGCUGUGAAAGCUUAGCAUGCAACGUAUAUAAUAAGCUUAAAAGCAGUGAUAAAAGACAACAUCAGUUUCAAGAAUUCCAACAUUUUCUUAAUAUUGAAGUCCACAAGAUCCUACGGCCUUCAGAAACACGGUGGCUAUCUCUAAACGCAGUUGUAAGAAGAAUACUCGAGCAAUGGGAUGCAUUAAACUAUUAUUUUAAAGCGCAGAUGUUUACGGCGCGAUUACGUGAAGUAGAACAGAUCGUUCAAGCUCUUAAUUACCCUCUUAUAAAGCUAUUUUAUUUAUUUUUGGAUUGGGUAUUGUCCAAAUUCACGAAGUUGAAUGAAUUAUUCCAAUCAACAUCCGUGGUUCUCAUAAGUCUUUGGGAUAAAGUGAGUAUUGGUUAUCUAGAACUCUUAGAAUUAUAUCUAUGUAAAUCGUAUGUUGAUCGGACAAACUUGGAAAACCUCGAUCCAUGUAAUGAAGAAAACCGUCUGCAUCUCAAUCACAUAUACCUUGGCGUAAAAGUAAUGGAUAUGCUGAACAAGCCUGAAAUUAAUGACAAUUAA